UGCUACGUGUCUUGGAAGUCUCUUAAAAACCCUCUCCACUCAAUUAGUCCGUGCCAACUACCGACAAAACGUAACUGAAGACACACAUCUUGCUCCUCUGUCGCUGUAAGUCUGCGGUGUAACACAGAUCUACAAUGUCCGAGAUCAAGCAGCAGCGCACGGAAGAUCAGAAAAGGGCCACUAAUGUGGUCUAUCAAGACCACCAUGUGAGCCGCAGUAAAAGAGGACAGGUUGUGGGGACCAGAGGGGGAUUCCGAGGUUGCACUGUGUGGCUCACAGGUCUAUCAGGAGCAGGUAAGACCACUGUGGGCUUUGCACUGGAGGAGUAUCUGGUUAAUCACAGCAUUCCCUGUUACUCACUGGAUGGAGAUAACAUCCGUCAUGGACUCAACAAGAACCUGGGCUUCAGCGCCGAAGACCGCGAGGAGAACAUUCGCCGAAUCGCUGAAGUUGCUAAACUGUUUGCCGAUGCUGGCUUGGUCUGCAUCACCAGCUUCAUCUCACCCUUCACUAAAGACCGUGCAAAGGCUCGGCAGAUCCAUGAAAGGGCGGGGCUGCCAUUCUUUGAGGUGUUUGUGAAUGCACCCUUGGAGGUGUGUGAGAGUCGUGAUGUAAAAGGGCUCUACAGAAAAGCAAGAGCUGGGGAGAUUAAAGGCUUCACUGGUAUCGACUCUGACUAUGAGCAGCCAGAAGCCCCUGAGUUGGUUUUGAAGACAGGAGAGAUCACCGUGAACGAGUGUAUUCAGCAGCUGUUAGACCUACUGAAAGAACAGGGUAUCAUUCCCACUGGGGUCGUGGAAGAGGUCAAUGAACUCUUUGUGCCUGAGAACAAGCUUGAGCUUGCACAAGCUGAGGCCAGCAAGUUGCCUACAAUCAGCAUCACCAAGGUGGACCUCCAGUGGAUACAAGUGUUAGCUGAGGGCUGGGCCAGCCCCCUGAAAGGUUUCAUGAGGGAGAGAGAAUAUCUACAAGUCCUACACUUCAAUAACCUGCUAGAUGGUGGUGCUAUCAACAUGUCCAUACCAAUUGUCCUGCCGGUCACCACAGAAACCAAAGAGCGUCUGAACGAGAGUGCAGCUGUGGCGUUAGAGUACCAGGGUCGCCGGGUGGCCAUAUUGCGAGACCCAGAGUUCUUUGAACACCGUAAAGAGGAGCGCUGUUCACGGCAGUGGGGCACCACCUGCCCCAAACAUCCCCACAUAAAGAUGGUGAUGGAGAGCGGUGACUGGCUGGUGGGUGGUGACUUGGAGGUACUGGAAAGAAUCAGAUGGAAUGAUGGACUGGAUCAGUACCGCCUCACCCCAAAAGAGUUAAAACAAAAGUUUAAGGAGAUGAAGGCAGAUGCUGUGUUUGCCUUUCAGCUGAGGAACCCGGUGCAUAAUGGCCAUGCCCUGCUGAUGACGGACACUCGUCGACGUCUAGAAGAACGUGGGUAUUGCAGGCCAGUGCUCCUGCUUCACCCUCUAGGAGGCUGGACAAAGGACGAUGAUGUGCCGCUAGAUUGGAGGAUGAGGCAGCAUGCGGCUGUGUUAGAGGAGGGAGUCUUGGACCCUACUUCUACCAUUGUGGCCAUAUUCCCAUCCCCUAUGAUGUAUGCUGGACCCACAGAGGUGCAGUGGCACUGUCGGGCAAGGAUGAUUGCUGGGGCUAGCUUCUAUAUUGUGGGCCGUGAUCCCGCUGGAAUGCCCCACCCAGAGACUGGAAAGGACCUUUAUGAGCCAACUCAUGGAGGUAAAGUCCUAUCCAUGGCCCCUGGACUCACUUCAGUGGAGAUCAUCCCCUUCCGAGUUGCAGCUUACAAUAAGACCAAAAGAGCCAUGGACUUCUAUGACAAGGAAAGACAUGCUGAUUUUGAGUUCAUCUCUGGGACCAAAAUGAGGAAGCUGGCACGGAGUGGAGAAAACCCUCCAGAUGGUUUCAUGGCUCCAAAGGCCUGGAAGGUUCUGACUGAGUACUACACCUCCCUACAGAAAGACCAGUAAUACAGUUCCAUCAGUCCUGCCAGCAUUGAGCUACAAAACCAGAGCUGUCAAGAUUUAUAAUUAUUCAUUAUCAGUACAUUCCAGUAAAUCAGUAAGAAUUGAAGUCUUGCACUUUUAGCCUUGUUCUCCCUAGAUAAAUCAUAGCCUGGAAUGUCAUUUCCCCAAAUUCAAAAAUAUCGUUAGUAGGUAAAAAGCACUUGGCUACUGAUAUGUUCCACACCAUAUAAAGUUAUGUCACAUUAAGUACAUCUAAUGACUUGCUCCAAAACCUAAUUAUGAAAAAGCAAAAAGUCAAAGAUCUGUGUUCCUCAAUGCAA